AUGUCAGCAUCUACUCAGCUUGAAUGUGGCGGUCGAGCUUGUCCUCAAUGUGGAAAAUGUCGUGAUUGGGAUCCCACUUAUGGCAAUAAGUAUAAGCGUCGUGAUGAUGGAACUUGCCGUGAUAAUACUGACACUCUUUAUGAUGCUCUUUUUCGUGUUGGACUUGCUGUUGCUGAUGCUCGUCCUUCUGCUCGUAUAUCUGCUAGAAUUCCCCGUGACCAUGCUGCUAAUCGUUGUCGUCGAGGUAUGUCUGAACACUGCUGUUGUCGUCAUGCUGUCGAUGAUCUUGACGCUGCGUUUAAUGCUGCUAUUCUUGAUGGUGAUCUUCGUGAUGUUGUUAUUGAUGCCCUUAAUCGUGCUGAAAUCAUUGCUUCUAAUAUUGAUCUUGCUCGUGAUGAGGAUGGUUUUGCUAUUCUUAAAGCUACUAAAGCUGUUCGAGAAGCUCAGCGUGAUCAUGUAUGCCAUUGUAAAUAA